UGUAGUUGAGCAGUUGUGUGUUUGCUUCUCUGUUUUCAGGCAGUAAGAUGGCGGAAGCCAAAUUUUCUCAGGAUGAGUUUAUGUGUCCAGUGUGUCUGGAUCUCCUGCAGGAUCCAGUGGCUAUUCCUUGUGGACACAGUUACUGUAAGAGCUGCAUUACAGGUUGCUGGAAUCGGGAGGAACAGAAGAGAAUCUACAGCUGUCCUCAGUGCAGACAGACCUUCAGUCCAAGACCUGCUUUAGCUAAAAACACCAUGCUGGCUGAAGUGGUGGAGAAACUGAAGAAGACUAAACUUUCAACUGCAUGUUAUGCUGGACCAGGAGAUGUACAGUGUGAUGUUUGUACUGGAAGAAAAUACAAAGCCGUCAAGUCCUGUCUGGUGUGUCUGAACUCUUACUGUCAAACUCACCUUGAACAACAUGAGAGUUUGUUUAAAGGAAAGAGACACAAUUUGACAGAUGCUACUGGACGACUGCAGAAGAUGUUCUGCUGGAAACAUGACAAGCUCCUUGAAGUUUUCUGUCUCACUGACCAGAAAUGUAUAUGUAUGUUGUGUACAAAAUAUGAACACAAAAACCACAACACCGUAUCAGCUGCAGCACAGAGGACAGAGAAACAGAAUAUGCUGAAUGAAACACGAAAAAAGUUCCAGCAGAGAAUCCAGCAGAGAGAGAAAGAUUUUCAGCAGCUAAGAAAAGCUGUGGAGUCUCAUAAGCGCUCUGCACAGACAGCGGUGGAGGACAGUGAGAGGAUCUUUACUGAGCUCAUCCGUUCUAUUGAGAGAAUCUGUUCUAGUGUGACACAGCGGAUUAGAGAUCAGGAAAAGGCUACAGUGAGUUCAGCUGAAAGACAGCUGAAGCAACUUAAGCAGGAGAUCAAUGAUCUGAGGAGGAGAGACGGUGGACUGGAACGGCUUUCACACAUACAGGAUCACAUCCAUUUCCUGCAGAGUUUCCAGUCUCUCUCAGCACCUCCUAAAUCUACAGACAUAGCCAUCAUAUCCUUCAGUUCUCAGUUCUUUUCUGUUGAUGGUUUGAGAGAAUCUGUCCAUCAGCUAAGAGACAAACUGGAGGAUUUUUGCAAAGAGGACAUAAAAAAGAUCUCUGACAAAGUCACAUUCACAAACAUUGUUCCUAGGACCAAGAAUAAAUUCCAACAAUAUUACCAUCAGCACACUAUGGAUCCAAACACAGUGAAUAAACGUUUUCGCCUGUCUGAAAGGAACAGAAUGAUUACUGUUACUGACACAGAGCAUCCGUAUCCUGAUCAUCCUGGCAGAUUUGAUGGAUAUAAUCUUCAGGUGUUGUGUAGAGAGAGUGUUUGUGGACGCUGUUACUGGGAGCUGGAGUGGAGUGGAAAUAAUGUAUUUAUAUCAGUGUCAUACAAGUGCAUCCGCAGGAAGGGAUGGGGUAGAGAGUGUUUGUUUGGACGUAAUGAUCAUUCCUGGAGUUUGUUCUGCUCUCCCUCCAGAUACUCAUUCAUACACAGUAACAUAGAGACUAAACUUCCAGUAAAGUUCAUCAGCUGUCGUAGAAUAGGAGUGUAUGUGGAUCACAGUGCAGGAACUCUGUCCUUCUACAGUGUUUCUGACAAAGUCAGCCUCAUCCACACAGUCCAGACCACAUUCACUCAGCCACUCUAUCCUGGGUUUAGGGUUUAUUAUAAAUCUGGGUGUGGUGUUGGAUCAUCAGUGAAACUGUGUGGAUGAAUCGGAACAGAUUACUUUUAGCAUGAUAAAUCAGUAACAGUGAGAUAUAGAGCCUCUUAAUUUCUUUUCAUUACAUGAAUUCUAUAGCUGAACUUCUGUCACUAAAAUAACGUAUCAGAAAUGUGUGUAAUAAAUACUUAUAUAGACUGUAUGCGAUCACACAUUUUAAGAUCAACUAAAUAUUUUAUGCAUCAAUAAACUCCUUAUUUCUGCUUAUUAAUAGUUACGUAGCUAUUACAUUACAGUACUAGGUAUUAUUAAGGGAUAUAGAAGAUUUUUAUUAGUAAAUUUACCUUUCAGUUGUAAUUCUAAAGUUUGCUAUGAUCACUAUGUAUAAUGCUUUUAUGAAGAUGUACAUUUGCUGUUUACUGGAAGAUUGCCUCAAAUGUCAAUUUUUAUCCAUAGUUAGACAAGGCCUAUUUGCGUGGAAAAAGUAAUACAUUAGUGUGUACCAUGAGAAACAUGGGAAAAAGUGAGUAAUAUCCACACUAUGUCAUUUCAGGUUGUGUUUUCUUUCUAGAAUGCCACUACCUUAUUAUUAUUACUGGUGUUAUACAUUGUACAAAGUGCUCCUAUUAUGCCUUUUCAAAUAUGACCUUUCAUUCAGUGUGUCAUGUAGCUGUAUGUGAACAUAAACUAUCUGCAAAGUUGAUAGUAAAUAAAGUUAUUGUCUAUCAAAAAAAAGUCGGCUCACAAUCGCCUGAAUGAGUUGUCAGGAAUUUGAAUCUUAUUCUGUUACGGCUAUACGUAUAUAAGUAACACAUUUGCAUAAUGCCUGCCCAUGUUCUACGUCGCAAACAACUUGCCCACCCACAAACACAGUAAAAUUUCUAUGUGGUUUACGUCAUGUCGAGAAGAUGCUGUAUCCUAUGCUGUGAGUAAAUUUGUUUUAUAUUCACUUCCAAAAGAUGAAUCUACAGAUUUUCUAGCGAUCAUUCAAAAUACGUAGUUGUGUAUGUUAUGUUGUGUAACAAUCCUGCACAUGUCUUGUUAACUGGCUAACUCCCGUUUCUGUAGUUCUAUCGUUCAGCUGU